CCAGAACCAGAACCAGAACCAGAACCAGAACCAGAACCAGAACCAGAACCAGAACCAGAACCAGAACCAGAACCAGAACCAGAACCAGAACCAGAACCAGAACCAGAACCAGAACCAGAACCAGAACCAGAACCAGAACCAGAACCAGAACCAGAACCAGAACCAGAACCAGAACCAGAACCAGAACCAGAACCAGAACCAGAACCAGAACCAGAACCAGAACCAGAACCAGAACCAGAACCAGAACCAGAACCAGAACCAGAACCAGAACCAGAACCAGAACCAGAACCAGAACCAGAACCAGAACCAGAACCAGAACCAGAACCAGAACCAGAACCAGAACCAGAACCAGAACCAGAACCAGAACCAGAACCAGAACCAGAACCAGAACCAGAACCAGAACCAGAACCAGAACCAGAACCAGAACCAGAACCAGAACCAGAACCAGAACCAGAACCAGAACCAGAACCAGAACCAGAACCAGAACCAGAACCAGAACCAGAGCCAGAACCAGAACCAGAACCAGAACCAGAACCAGAACCAGAACCAGAACCAGAACCAGAACCAGAACCAGAACCAGAACCAGAACCAGAACCAGAACCAGAACCAGAACCAGAACCAGAACCAGAACCAGAACCAGAACCAGAACCAGAACCAGAACCAGAACCAGAACCAGAACCAGAACCAGAACCAGAACCAGAACCAGAACCAGAACCAGAACCAGAACCAGAACCAGAACCAGAACCAGAACCAGAACCAGAACCAGAACCAGAACCAGAACCAGAACCAGAACCAGAACCAGAACCAGAACCAGAACCAGAACCAGAACCAGAACCAGAACCAGAACCAGAACCAGAACCAGAACCAGAACCAGAACCAGAACCAGAACCAGAACCAGAACCAGAACCAGAACCAGAACCAGAACCAGAACCAGAACCAGAACCAGAACCAGAACCAGAACCAGUACCAGAACCAGAACCAGAACCAGAACCAGAACCAGAACCAGAACCAGAAACAAAUUCUUAUCAUUUUAUCAGUCACUACAUACAAACCGCCAAAUUGUUAAAAUGUGAGAGUUUGUUUUUCGCAUUGGCGAAUGAGUUGCAACCUCGCAACUUCGAUGUUGUGGCACUGCAGGAGGUGUGCUUGGAGGAGGAGCAGGUGCUCGACUGGCCAGGUCGGCAGACCGAUUCCCGUUUUUUUCUGAGCGGCGGCAAGGACAAGAAGCUGGGUACCGGCUUUAUUGUGCGGGGCAAGAUGCAGGAUCGCGUGUUCGGCUUCACGGCGAUCAGCGAGCGGAUGUGCAAGUUGAGGAUAAGAGGCCGUUUCUUCAACUACAGCAUAAUCAACGUGCACUGCCCCCACGAGGAAAAGUCCGAUGAUGAAAAGGAAGCAUUCUACGCGACGCUGGAGGAGGUGUAUGACGGCUGUCCGCGGCAGGAUGUGAAAGUCAUCAUUGGGGAUAUGAACGCUCGGUUUGGGAGGGAGGAAAUGUAUCGGCCGACAAUAGGCCCAGAAAGCCUGCACUCGGUCACGAACGACAACGGCCAACGCUGCAUUGACUUUGCAGCCUCCCGAGGAAUGGUGGUCAGGAGCACCUACUUCCCUCGCAAGGACAUCCACAAAGCCACCUGGACAUCACCUGACCAACGGACGAAAACGCAAAUCGACCACCUGUCGACGGUGUUUAACCAACGCCGGAGCCGGCGGGCCCCUCCGUUCAACACCGCGUGUCUUCAGAACGGAGAAGUGGCCCACAGGUACGCGCAGCAGCUGGAAGCGAAUCUGCCAGGUGGAAGCAGUACUUCAACGAGCACCUUAACGGCGAUGAAGCGGACGGAGACGGCGUUGAAGUCAACCUUGGAGCGCCCGCAGCUGAUGAACAGUUCCCGGCGCCUGAUCUAG